AUGGAUUUACAAGGGGUACGAGGUGAUGUGCGGUGUAGAGUAUUCCCUGCUACACUUUCAAAAGCCGCACAUCAGUGGUAUUUUAAGUUACCACCAAGAAGGUUUAAUUCAUGGAAAGCCUUCUCCUCGGAGUUCCAUGCACAGUUCUCUUCUUCUCGUCAACUCUCGUUACAUUUGGAAGACCUGGUCGAAGUAAAACAAAGAUCAGGAGAGCCUCUCAGAGCCUAUAUAAGUAGAUUCAUGACAGAAGCUACGAAAGUAGCAAGGUUAACUGAAGAAGGGAGGCUGACCGCAAUACUGGGGGGCAUGGAAGUACUUGGAGAACUAUGGAAGGACAUCAAAAAAAGUGGCCCUGUAGGAUCUAUGGCAGAGUUUUUAGACCGAGCAGAUGGGUUUAUCAAGCUCGAAGAGGCCAUUCAUCGAGCAGAUGUCAAACUUAGGUCAGGCAAGCCACAGGUCCCCUCAGUAGGAGUAUCUGCUCAGAACCAACAAUAUCCAAUUAGCUUAAUUUUGAGUGGCAAAAGGUCCAAUAACAAUGGCAGACAAGGCAACAGGUAG